AUGAAGGGGUUAGGAGAUAACCGAAGCCGCCAUCUAUCUGAUAACCUGGACUCUCCUCAAGACUCUCUCUAUGCCACUCAAGAUAGGAAUCCUUACCUUCUUAGUCCCACAGAUUCCUAUUCGAUGGACCCUCGGUUUCCAACACCCAAUUCUCUCCACAGUGACUGCCUCCUUCCACUCAACAACCAGAUUUCUAACAGCAGUACAUUUCCACGUAUUCAUUACAACUCUCACUUUGAGGUUCCCGAUGAGAACCCCUUUCCAAGUCAUGCCCAAGCCACCAAAAUUAAUAGACUCCCUGCCAACCUGCUAGACCAAUUUGAAAAACAACUGCCCAUCCACAGGGAUGGCUUUAGCACUCUCCAGUUCCAGAGAAGUUCAGAUCCCAAACACCGGAAUGAAAACCCCGGGAGGAUACGGCACUUGGUUCAUUCAGUCCAAAAACUUUUUGCUAAGUCACAAUCCUUGGAAGGUGCUUCUAAAGGCAGUGUGAAUGGCAAGAAAGGCACUGAGGACUCAAAACCAAAUCGGAGAAGCAAGAGUAAAGAUCGUGCAAAAACCACUGAGACUAAACGCAGGACGAGAUCCAAUAUAUCAGGCUGGUGGAGCUCAGAUGACAAUCUGGACAGUGACACCUGCAACUAUCGUAACCCUAUGGGCCUCAUGACUCUUGGCAGGCAGCCUGAUCACAGCCAGCCUAAAUACUUUAUGCAUGCUUACAACACAAUCAGUGAACAUAUGCUGAAAUCCUCCAAAAGCAAUAAUGACCUCAAGAUCACCACUUGCACCAACAUCCCCAUCAGCAGUGACUCAAACUACAUCAAAAGAGGGUCCUGGUCCACUCUCACACUCAGCCAUGCCCGAGAAAUGUGCCAAAAGGCUUCAGCUACCAUCGAUAGAGCGCUGUUGAAAUCUAAAUCCUGCCAUCAAGAUUUAGCGUAUCAGUACUUGCAGGUGGAGGGAGGAGGAGGAGAGUGGGAUCUCCUAAUUCUAACAACUAGGAAAGAGGACAAAGACAAUGAAAUCCCAUGCCGGCGCAUGAGAAGUGGGAGUUAUAUCAAAGCCAUGGGUGAUGAUGACAGUGAGGACUCAGAAACCAGCCCCAAGCCAUCUCCUAAAACUGCAGCACGGAGGCAAAGUUACCUCAAGGCCACUCAACAGUCACUGGGCGAGCAGAGCACUGCUCAAAGAAGCCUGGAUCGUCUUGACUCUGUUGAGAUCCUUUUGCCACCAAAAUUUCCAAGCUGGGAGGAAGAAUACAAUCAAAUCUCAGAAAACCUGAAUGAGUCCAGUUGCAUCGAUCAGAUAUUUGGACAAUCCUCAUUUAUUCCACAGAUAUUUACACAAGAAGAGCAGGCGACAGAAGAAGAGCUGAAUGAUCAAUAUGAAGGUAUGUGUGAAUCGACUUACAGUGAAGCAGAAUCAGCUGCUGUGGAAGUAUUGGACCUGCCUCUUCCCAGCUACUUCCGUUCCCGGAGCCACAGCUACCUCCGAGCUAUCCAGGCAGGUUGCUCCCAAGAAGAGGACACAGUCUCUGUUCAGUCCCUCUCGCCACCCCCAGCCAGCACCAUCAGUGGCAGCCAAACACUUCCCAACAACAACAGUUCGGCAUGCCUAGUGGGCUAUAAAAAGACGCCACCACCAGUCCCACCUCGGACCACCUCAAAGCCAUUCAUCUCUGUCACGGUGCAGAGCAGCACUGAAUCGGCACAAGACAACUACCUGGACAACCAGGACCACAAGAGUGAAGUCAACAGCCAGUCGGGACUGAGCAAUUCUUCAGAUAGCUUAGACAGUAAUAGGCCACCUAGCGUAACGAGAGGAAACAUCACCACUCCAGCCAAUGAGCCUCCUGAGUUACCUCAGAAAAAUGCAUCCUUGAAGAGUGACAAAGGAACGUUGACUAACGAAGAACCAAAGGUGGAGAACAUCCCCAAAAGGAAGCUGUCAUCUAUAGGAAUACAAGUUGACUGCCUUCAACCAGUGGCAAAAGAGGAGCUCCCUCCAUCAGCCACCAAAUUCCAGUCCAUCGGGGUACAGGUAGAGGACGAGUGGCGCAACAGCCACUCUCACAGCAUGUCCAACAAACAGGAUACAGAUUCUGACUCUCAAGACCUGAAUAAUUCUACCUGUAAAUCAUCUGAAAGAAACCUUGCUGAUUGUUCCCCCUGCAACAACUCCAACAACCUUGAUGCUAACACGAGGCAAGCAGCCAUGCCCUCUGAGAGCAAGAAAAACCUCUCCUAUGGAGAUAGCAAUGACCCAGCCCUGGAACCUUCCUCUCUCCCUCCUCCUGAUCCUUGGCUUGAAACAUCCACCAACACUCCAUCAGAACCAACACAGCCGGGAGCUUGCCGAAGGGAUGGUUACUGGUUUCAGAAGCUACUGCAGGCAGAGACAGAAAGGUUGGAAGGGUGGUGUCGACAGAUGGACCAAGAGACUAAAGAGAAUAAUCUCUCUGAAGAAGUCUUAGGCAAAGUCCUCAGUGCAGUGGGCAGUGCACAACUACUAAUGUCACAGAAAUUCCAGCAAUUCCGUGGCCUCUGUGACCAAAACUUGAACCCCAAUUCCAAUCCUAGGCCCACAGCACAGGACCUUGCAGGGUUUUGGGAUCUCUUACAGCUGUCCAUUGAAGACAUCAGCAUGAAAUUUGAUGAGCUGUACCACCUAAAAGCUAACGGUUGGCAGGUGACAGAGCCGUUGGAGAAGAAGGAAGAAAAGAAACCACCCCCUCCUGUUCCAAAGAAGCCAGCUAAACCGAAAUCUCAGCUAAACCGGGAUAAGGCAUCUGACUCGGUGGACAAGCAGCGCCAGGAAGCUCGCAAACGCCUCAUGGCAGCCAAGCGCGCUGCCUCCGUUCGACAAAACUCUGCCACUGAGAGCGCGGACAGCAUUGAAAUCUACGUUCCUGAGGCACAGACCCGUCUUUGAGCAAAGGG